AUGUGUAAUGGCUGCCUCGGUGGUGGCAGCAUCAGCUCACCUCAGGCACUAGCGGUGCGAUGUGGAAUGGCUGCCGCAGUGGCAACUGCAGCAGCAGCAGCGGCAGCUGCAGUAGCUGCCCAGAUCACAGUGAUGCCUCAGCGAGGUCUACAGCUGAGCUCCCCUUCAAAUGCCUUAGAUGUACAGGGGAAAGGGUGCUGUCUUUCCUCAGCCAAUCAAGUCAGGGGUUAUAAGCCUGAAGCCAAUGGAUGCAGACCAGGGGCGGAGCUUGAGCAAGAAACAGCCCGUGGGGCUGCCGUUGGUCUGGACAGUUCUGGGUCGGCAAAAUUUUCUAACUCAUGGCUGGAAUUUUUCAACCUUUGGUCUUCGCAUACACCUGAAUACCUCCCUGAAAUUUUUCUAACCUUGUCUUUGAUUUGCAUCAUUGGAGCAUUUUUGAACCUGCACUUGAAAAACUUUCCAAUUCCUAUCCCUGUGAUAUUAUUUUUGCUUGGAUGCAGUACUGAAAUACUAAGUUUUACAUCUAAUCAGGUUCAAACAUAUGUAGAUCCUAUACAAUCGAUGAGUCCAGACUUAUUUUUUGGUCUAUUUAUACCUGUGAUUUUCUUUAAUGCUGCGUUUGACAUGGAUGUAUACAUGCUUCAAAAGUUAUUUUGGCAGAUACUUGUCAUUAUAAUUCCUGGUCUUUUGAUUAAUUAUAUCUUGAUUUUUUGGUAUCUGGCUUCUGUGGACAAAAUAGUUUUGAAGCACACUCCAUGGUUAUUGUUUUCAACUCUCCUUGUGUGUACCGAUCCCAUGCUGACUGCAGCUGCUUUAAGACACCUUGGUCUUUCUAGAAGUCUCACCACUUUAAUUAAUGGAGAAAGUCUGUUUACCUCUGUUAUAUCAUUAAUUAUAUUUAGUAGUAUAGUGGAUCGUACCUUAGCAAGUCAAAGUGAGACGCCCCAUACCUUAGCCUAUGAUAUUGCGUAUGGAAUUGGGUCAUAUUUUAUGGCAAGUAUCUUGUUUGGAAUCCUAAGUUCAAAACUGAUCCAGUUGUGGUUGUCAGCUGUUUUUGGUGAUGAUGUCAAUCAUAUGAGUAUCAUCUUUUCAAUUCUGUACCUCAUCUUUUAUUUUUGUGAGUUAGUUAAAAUGUCAGGAAUAUUUACUCUGACCAUUAUGGGACUCUUUUUAAAUUCUACAAAUUUUAAACCAGGAGUUGAAGCACUUCUUCUCAAAUUCUGGAAUUGUCUAUCAUUUGUUGCUUUUCUAAUGGUAUUUACUUUCACUGGACUUAUAAUUCCUGCUCAUGUAUAUUUAUAUGUAACACUUUCUGAUAUAUAUUAUUCAUUAAAUAUCUACUUAACACUGAUUGUUUUAAGACUUCUGGUCUUCCUGUUAAUGAGCCCUAUUUUGUCUCGAGUUGGUCAUCAGUUCACCUGGCGCUGGGCAUUCAUAAUGGUCUGGAGUGAAAAGAAAGGGAUGCCUAAUAUAGGCAUGGCCUUUCUCCUUGCCUACUCUGACCUUUUUCUUGCAUCGGAGAAGGAAAAAGCUCAAAUAGUUUUUCAUGGAGUGUCAGUAUGCUUAAUCACCCUAACUGUCAAUAGAUUUAUUUUGCCAAUAGCAGCUACUAAACUAGGUCUUCGUCAUGUCACAUCACCAAAAUAUAAUACAUUUCAACACUUUCAAGAACUAACCAAAUCUACAGCCUCUGCACUCAAAUUGGAUAAAAAUCUUGCUGGUGCUGAUUGGAACAUGAUUGAGAAAGGAAUUAUACUUGAAAAUCCAUAUGCA